AUGCCUCAGACCACCCUCAACGGCGCAGGCGGCCACGCAACGAUCCCCUCGAACCUCUACGGAGGCCGCUUGGCUGCCCAUGUGCCCGACGUCAAGGCGACGCUGCUCUACGCCGUCCUCAGCUCUGGCCGCAUCGCUGAAGCAAUCAUCAAGACCGACUGGGCCACGAACGCGCUCGUCUACGACACCGUCCCCGGCACGCUCGAUGCCUCCUGCCACAGCAGCUCCCGCAUCUCUGUCCUUGGAGACAGCACGGCGUGGACCCUCGUCUACCAGGCCCAGGAUGGCGCCAUUGUCAAACGCCAAUUUGCAGGCACACCGCAGCCGGCCUGGAGCGGCCAGGAAGUCGUCGUGCCCAUCGACCAGCCCGACAAGCCCCUCGUCGGCUCCAUGCUCGAGCUCUACUCCACGGCAGCUGGCGCCGUGCUCAUCUGGCAGUCCGAAAGCGGCAAGCUCUUGCGCACCGCGCUCCGCAGCAAGGCAACAACGCCCGUAGCUGGCUUACGCCUGUUUCCCGGCAAUCGCGUCGUGGCCCAGACCGCUUCACACGACGACGCCACACUGUGCCUACUCUACUACAAUGCGAUGCCGAGCAGGGCAAUGGCGCUUCGCGGCCCCAGCGACCCGGCGUCGAGCUCGCCGUUUACCCCCGACGACAAGUUCUAUCCCGGCUUCAAGGCACCGACCGUCGAUUUUGCCAUGGUCAAAGGAACCCAACUCGGAACGGGUCCUAGGCUCGUCUACAAUAUCGAGGCCGACGGCCGGGUCGCCGAAUGGACCGAGCAAGUCACCCAGCCCUCUGAGAUCUCCGCUGCCGGUUCGGCCACGAUCGAUCGAUACUACGGCAUGGCCGUGGCCUCUCUGCAGGGAAGAGCCGCUGAUCGCGUCUUCGUCGUGGACCUCGGACCCGGGCCCGGCGGCGCAGCGAUGCUGUGCAAGACGCCUUCUGACUCGUGGACGAAGGCGCUCCCGCUCAAGGGAACCAGUGACUGGGCCGGGCACAGCGUCGCUGAGCCUGCCGGUGGGUCCGGCAAUCCUGGCGACAAUCACCCUGCACCCCCGAUCAACAGCGACGCCGUCGACGCCGUGUUUGCAGGCCCCGACUUUGGCAAAAGUACUGCCAAGGAAGGCGGCAGCAGCGCCGAUACGGGCUCCAAGCCGGCUGAUGCCGGCCAGGGCGACGCCGUCAUCUCGAUCCGCCUUGGCGCCUGGAUUCGCAAGACUUGCCAGGACAUCAUCGAGCCGGGCCAGACCAAGACGGCCACGGCCUCGGCUGACGAGGUCCUGAAGCGUCCGAUCAACAAGGACGGCAAGCCCAAGACGCACGCGGUCAAUGCCGUCAUUGCCAACCGCGAGAAGCUGUGGUCGAGCAACCCGCAGGACAUCCGCUUCUUCUUCAUGGAGGGCACGCCGCAGCAGCAGGACAAGGUCAGGACGGUCAUCGACGAGUGGACCUGGUACGCCAACGUGCGCUUCGUCGAAGUGGGCUCUCCCGCCGACAGCCAAGUCCGCAUUCGCUUCGACCCGAGCGACGGCAGCUACUCGUACGUCGGCACCGACUGCGAGAUGAUCGACGGCGACAAGCACACCAUGAACCUGGGCUGGAUCGAUCGCACGUCCUCGCUGACGCGCAACGAGCGUGCCACGAUCCUGCACGAGUUCGGGCACGUCCUCGGGCUGCUGCACGAGCACCAGAGCCCGGCCCACGGCGGCAUCGCGGUGCAGAACGUCGACCUGGCCCUGGAGCUGUACCGGCGCAAGCAGGGGUGGUCCGACAAGCAGAUCCACGAGCAGGUCAUCGACGUCUACGGCGCCAAGGAGGUGUCCAACUACUCGCAGGUCGACACCACCUCGAUCAUGCAGUACCCGCAGCCCAAGGAGCUCACCGGCCUCAAGGAAGACAUCCCCUUCAACACCGAGCUCAGCCAGCUCGACAAGGCCUACAUGGUCCUCCAGUACCCUCGGCCCAGGCCCCAUGCCAAGGCGCCAGAGUGGACCAUCGACUACGCCCUCAAGGUCGCCGGCUGUCCCGCUGACAUCGCACAGAAGGUGCUGGCCAGCAGCCGCACCGACCUCCAGCCCAACUCCGAGGAGAUCGACCCCACGCAGAUCCGCAAGAUUGUCGGCGCGUGGGCAAAAGAGGCGCACAACCCGAACCCAGACGCCGUCCCGGACAGCCGCGGAGGGGCAAGUUCGGACACCGUUGCGCAUGGUGUCGACGGCGAAAACGAGGACGAGGCCGAGGACGUCGCGGACCAGAAGGCGUUGUUGCAGCUUCUCAUGAGGCCUGUGGGCGAAGAUACCGUCACUGUCGCAAGCGGCGGACGACUGAUCAACAUCUGCGCUAGCGGAACGGAGUCGGAGACAACAUCGAAAGCUCAAGGACCUGCGAGCGUCGGCGCGCCAGCACAUGCCGUCACUGUCACGACCAACCUCCUGCCGCUAGCCUACUCAAACGACAAGCGGAUGAAGAUCCGCUAUGCCUUUUCUCCGGGAUACAGGCCGCCAUCAUCGCACCAGAAGCUGAUGCUGGUGUGCGCCUUCGAGCUGUGGUCGCAGGCAGCGCACAUCGAGUUUGUCGAGGAGACGCGUCCGGAGAAGGCCAGCGAUGCCGACCUGCUCAUCUGCUUCCAUGACAACAACGAGGGCUCCGCGACUUCCGCCAGGAUCGACCCGGACAGCAGCCACCGGAGCAUGUUCCUGGGACCUGGCGGCGACUCUGGCGACCGGUCGAAGCUCAAGGAGCUCAGGCACAGCGCCAGGCGCCAGGAGUACUGUGCGCAGAAAGGAUAUUCGACCGUCCCCUUCGACAUCCUCUACUACGGCAUCUUCCGCGACGCCGACGCAGCGAGGGCGUGGCAGUCGCAGGAGCGGCGGGACAUCGACGGGAUCCAGUACAACCUCCGCACGCUCCUCCACGAGCUCGGGCACUUUCUCGGCCUGGACCACGAGUGCGUUGGGCUGUACAGCGCCUGGAUCAACAGUAAGCGCUUCGAUGACAAGGCGGCGGCGCUCAAGCUCAAGGCUACAAAGUACGACACCGGCUCGGUCAUGGACGCCAUUGGCAAUCUUGCCCGCCCAGAUCUGGCGCGCCUGCUCACGACCAAGGGGCUCGAGCAGGCCGAGACCGAGGCAUUCACCAUCGCGGGCUUCCCGAUGGAGCGGGUCCGGAUGAGCUUGAGGCUGUCCAAGUACGACAAGGCCAACAUCGCCCUGCUCUACCCCGGCCCCUCGAACCUGGUCCAGCGCCGCGACGACGCCGACGAAAUGUACCCGUGGCAGCUCCGGAGGCACGAAGACGACAGGACCAAGACGGUCCUCGAACACUACCUCGCCUUGCUCCAGGUCGAAGAUGCAUUCGGCACCAUCAAAGUCGCGCUCGAGAUGGGCCAAUGGGAGACGGCGCGUCGCAAGUAUCUCAAAGCGCUCGAUGCGCAGAUGGGAAGAGAGUACGACAGCAGGAAGGUUCUGGAACAGGCCGUUCUGGAACAGAUGGACAUCAGGAGGCAGACGGCUGCCGCGCAUGGCGAUGCCAACGGCGAAGUGCGGUACUACGCUACGUGGAAGGAAGAUUUGGAUGACGCCCCGUCGGCGGCGCACGCCGUCAAUGGCCAGCCCGACACUUCGACCGGCUCUGACUCGGCGGCCAAGAACGAGGGCCCGUUCAUCGAGACGCUCUACAAGAAGCUGCUCAACUACUUCCCGCCGGGCGUCGGGCAGUACUUUGCGCUCCAGUUCCCCACGCGCUUCAUCGACAAGGAGAGCUACGCCUACGACACGAGCGGCAUCUUUUCGCGCUUCGAGAAGCCGGUCGUGGUCAACGAGGCCGAGUUCAGGCUGACUGACGCCCUCUACCCGCUCGGUCCGAUCGUCGGCGGACCCAACGGGCAGUCGCUGUCGAGCAACUACCUCAAGGCGCUCAACGCCAUCAGCCCGUCGUACGACGGCAUCGCGGCCCGCAAGCAGCGCGAAAAGAUGCGAGCCUGGCUCCUCACCCAGACGCACUCGGACGACGCCGCCUACACCGUCGACACGCGGCUGACGGUGCCCGGUCUCAACGCGCAGGCCGCGCAGAAGCUGUCCGAGGAGAGCGGGAUCCGCGUGAUGCCCGCCGACAAGCCGACGUCGCAGGGAGGCGCCGUCGUCACGCCGCUGUCCGCAGUUGACCCUUCGGACCCAUCGGUGGCGCUGGCAAAGAGCGCCAUCAGGGGUGUGGCGGGCGGCGGGCAGACGCGGCCUCGCAACAUGACGCGGAUGGAGUUCGCCGACGCCCUGACGCAGGAUUACCUCGACAAGCGGAUGCAGUGGGAGCUGCACCGCGACGAGAUGGUGAGCGAGGCCGAGAGGCAAAACGACCCCAAGGCCAUGGAAGCCGUCACCCGACGGCUCGCGCGCAUCACGGGCAUCGAAAACGCCAAGCUCUACUCCAAGUACGCCGACGCCGUCGUGCGGGGCCACAGCCACACGGUGCGGGAGCUCAUGGGACACCUCGACGUGCGCACCACGGCCGAGAUGCUCCAGGACGCCAAGGACUCGCUGCGCGAGAGCGCCCUGAGCUCCCUCUACACUGCCUCGCUCAUCUACCCGGUCCAGAUGCAGCCGGCCGACUGGUUCCAGUCGCUCGACACGUCCUUCACGCGCGAGGACCUGUCGCAGUCGUCGGACCUGCUCGAGGCGGCGAUGAGGGCCAAGGCAUCGAUGAUCGACGGCCUCCAGACGCAGAUCGCCAACCUGCGCGGCUUCGCCACCAUCGAUCCGGCCACGGCCAAGGCCAGCGUCGAGGCGGCGGCCCGCGUCAGGGAAAAGGCCAUCGAGGACCUCGCCGGCGCCUACACCGAGUCGACCGUGAGCGCCGUCAAGCUCGCCCUGGAAGCGGCCACGGCGUCGACGCCGGUGGGCGCCGCGUCGCUGGCGGGCGCCUCGAUGGCCGAGAGCGUCAUGAAGAAGAUCAAGACGCUGCCCGACACGGACAAGCAGAAGUCGAAGCUCAAGGCCGUGCUGGGCGACGACUUUGAAAAGGUCGACGAGAUCGGCAGGCAGAUCGACAAGGUGACGGCAGCCAACAACGGCGUCAACUCGGCGUCGCGCAAGCUCGCCGAGCUCAUGAGCCAGAGCGCCCUGGCGCAGGCGGGCGACACCAAGAUCCUGGUCGAGAACCUGCAGAGGACGCUGUCGUCAGCCAAGCAGGAGCUGCAGGACCUCACAGAGAGCUACGCCAUCGCGAUCCGCAAGGAAAAGGCCAAGACGGCCGACGAGGAGAAGCUCAAGACGACGGAGGAGAUCGGCAAGCUCCCCGCCGGUGCCUCCGGGGGCGGUGGCGGCACGCGCUGGAUCGAGCUGUCGCUGGCGUCGAGGUCGGCCAACAAGGCGAGCGAGACGUCGUCGAUGGCGUCGUCGUCGACGUCGUCGUGGAACUGCAACUUUUGGAUCGGCUCCUACUCCAAGAACAGCAGCACCGCCGAGGCCAAGGUCAAGAGCGAGCUCAAGUCGACCGAGUUUGGCGUCGAUAUCUCGAUGCGCGUGUCGUACGUCACCGUGGACCGGUCCGGCUGGUUCGAUCCGAGCAUCCUCGAGCUGAGCGGCUCCUUCAUGCACACCGUCGCAGACGAAGACUACACGCCCUGGUCGGUCUGGCCCCUCACCGACGGCAAAAAGACCAUCCGGGGCCAGGACGUCGACUUGCGGGUCCCCAAGGCGGCGUCCGAGGUUGUCCAGGACGUCGUCGCGGGCGGCGAGAGGGCGAGCGCCAUCAAGGGCUACCUCCAAGCCUUCGCCGUCGGCUACGUCUUUGUCAAGGACUGCGUCAUCCGCGUCACUUCGGCCGAGCUCAAAGAGUCGACGGAGAAGUCCAACUUCGAGAGGCAGAGCCAGGAGUCGGGAGGCUUCCUGUGCUUUUCGCACAGCAGCGCCUCGCACGACGCCGGCGACUCGAGCCGCUCGUCGACGACCCAGACCUCGGACGGCAUGGUGAUCCGCAUACCCGGCCCGCAGCUGCUGGGCUACAUGAUGCAGAUGACGCCGCCGGACCAGUCCAGGAGCUUUGCCCCGAUGCCGGACGACUACCUCUUUGAGGAAAUGGACCGCAUCGACAAGGCGGCGGCGCAGGGUCGCCAACCGGCCAGCGCAAACUCGGUGCGCCCCUCGGACGCAUUCUCGUCCGCCAAUGCGGCGCUGCCCGAGACCUACUCCGGCGUGCGAGGGUACGACGUCAGCUCAGCACCACCGCGUGGCACGGCUGCGAGCACGUCGUCGUCCCCGGCAGCGCCCAAGGCGGCGGCGUCGGCUGUUGAUCCAUCCGCCGCCUCCGACCCGCUUCCGCCCAAGUUCUCCGAUACGCUGCGCAACCUCGUCGCCAGCUCAUCGACGUCCAAGAUGCGCUCGCUCGAGGAGCAGCAGGCGGUCGUCAGCCUGAUUGAGAAGCUCCUCGGCGUGUCGCCAUAG